AUGCCACCCCUCCGCACCGCCCGCGCCUCCAAAAAAGCCCCGCCAGAGGGCUUUGAAGAUAUCGAGGACACGCUUCUCGAGUUCCAAACCCAGAUGAAAGACGCCGAAAAUGCUUCCCACGAUGGCAAGAAGAAGUACGAAAUGAUAUGGCCUGUCUUCCAGAUCACCCACCAGCGCUCCCGAUACAUCUACGACCUGUACUACGAGAAGGAGGCUAUCAGUAGGCAGCUGUACGAGUGGCUGCUCAAGAAUGGCUAUGCGGACGCCAUGCUCAUUGCAAAAUGGAAGAAACAGGGCUAUGAGAAGCUGUGCUGCACAAGGUGCAUCCAGACCAAGGAGACCAACUUCCGCUCAACGUGUAUCUGCCGCGUUCCCAAGGAUACACUCAAGGAAAAUCAAGACAUACAGUGUGUGAACUGCGGUUGCCGAGGCUGUGCUUCGAGUGACUAA